AUGUCAAUCAGCGGACGCUGCCUCUGCGGCAAAGUCGAGGUUGCAGUCAACAAGCCGAUAAAGGACUUCGACACUCUAAUGUGCCAUUGUGCCAACUGCAAGCGACGUUCAGGCGGUAUUGCAUCCUACGCCUUCCUCGUGCCGAAAGAGCACGUUACCAUCACGGGUUCGACGCACGUGGACUACGCAGACAAGGACACGGGUUCUGGCGAAGCCAUGCACCGGAGCAUGUGCUCGAGCUGCGGCAGUCCAGUGCGCAUAAUCGAGGGGCAUGCUCCCGAUAUAUGGUGCCUGCAAUACGGGCUUUUCGCCGAUCAAGUCAAUCUGCCGCCACCGAAGCUGGAGAUGUUUCGUAGUCAGGCAUGCCGGUGGGUGCAGGCGGUUGGCGAUGAUGUCAGGGAGAAGGCUUGA